AUGUCCGAGACGGCUCGUGCUAGCACCAGCUCGCACACUUCACAUCCCAACGCUUCGCCCAAGAAACCUUCCCCGACAGCGUCCCAACUAGAGCAGGGCGAUGUCAACGAUGAGAAAAUCUCCGAGUCCCCAGCGACGCCAGCACAUACAGCCACCACAAAGCAGGAAGAUCCGAACCUCGUGACGUGGGCUACUGACGAUCCUGAAAACCCCUUCAACUGGUCCCGCGGUCGCAAGAUCAUGCUACUCUUCGUAGUCACCUCUUGCGCUUUCUGCGUCACCUGCACAUCCUCUAUCAUUUCCAACGCCUACCAAGGCAUCCAGGACGAGUUCCACAUCUCUCGCGUUGUCGCCAUCCUCGGUCUCUCGCUUUUCGUCAUCGGCCUCGGAAUCGGUCCUAUGCUCCUCGGCCCCUUGUCCGAGUUCUACGGUCGUCGUCCCGUCUACCUCGUCUCGUACACCGCAUUCACCCUGCUCGGUCUGCCGGUUAGCUUCGCCAACAACCUCGCCGUGUUCCUCAUCUUUCGCUUCCUCACCGGCUUCUGCGGAAGCGCUUUCCUCAGCGUCGCAGGUGGAAGCGUGUCGGACAUCUUUCUGGCGAGCGACAUCUUCGUCCCCAUGGCGAUCUACACCAACGGGCCCUUUCUUGGACCGGUUUUCGGUCCGCUACUAAGUGGAUUCGAGAACCAGAACACGACCUGGAGAUGGACGUUCUGGUUGAUAAAUAUCUGGUCUGCGGUUAUGCUUGCCAUCCUUGUGUUGUUCGGGCCGGAAACGUACGCCCCCGCGCUGCUGACGAAGAGAGCGAAGCGACUCCGAAGGGAAACAGGCAACGCAGAGCUGUACGCCGAACACGAGAAGGUUGUAGCGGAGAAGUCGAUGAUCCGAACGAUCGUGACAUCGACGACGAGACCGUUCGAGCUGCUGGUGAAGGAAGUCAUGCUUUUGUUGCUGUGUCUGUGGUCGGCACUAUUGCUGGGGAUCCUGUACCUGUUCUUCGUCGCGUUCCCCAUCGUGUUCGAAGCGCAUGGGUUCAAUUUGCAGGAGAUCGGCCUGUCGUUCCUCGGUAUUGGGAUUGGGAUGAUCCUCGCAGUGCUAUCGAUGCCCUUCUGGGCACGACACUACACCCGGCUCGUCGCGGAAAAGGGAAACGGAGUUGCCGAACCGGAGUUCCGUCUCCCCGUCGCCAUGGUCGGGGCGGUCCUCCUGCCCAUCGGAAUGUUCUGGUUCGCAUUCACCACCUACCCCUCGAUCCACUGGAUCGUACCCAUCCUCGCCACCGUCGUGUUCGGCUAUGCGAUCAGCUGCAUCUUCACCUCGGUGUUCACCUACACCACGCACGCGUACCGACCGGUGGCGGCGAGCGCCAUGGCUGCCAACAGCUUUUGCAGGAGCUCGUUUGCUGCCGCUUUCCCACUGUUUGCAAAGGCGAUGUACGAUAGGAUGACGACACCGGGUGCAACAGCGUUGUUGGCAGCGUUGAAUGUGCUGAUGGUGCCGGUACCGUUCGUAUUCUACAAGUAUGGAAAGAGGAUCCGUGCCAAGAGCCAGUUUACUUUUACAUGA